CCUCAAGGCCACCAAACUCAGUCAUUUUUAAUGGGUGGUGCAGGUAGGAAACCCGGUGCAUCAUCAAUGAUAUGGAUGAGUAAUCCAUCAAAGACUGUCAGUCAACAGUGAAAAGUCAGUUGUGAAUGAGUGUGGGAUUAGGAUCAGAUCUUCACCCAGGUGUAAGUCUUAUCAAAUCAUGAUGGUCUUUCUCAUUAUGUUUAAGGGCAUACGUGUCAGUUUACAUGACUUAGGUGAUUAAAGGUUUAACUCACUUCAAAAAAGGUUUAAUUAAAUUCAAAUCGAUUAUGGGGCAUGUUUUUGUGUAUGCUAGGGCACAUAGGUGCUAAACUUGUGUUGAAAUUAAUUGGAAGGUGAGGGAUUUAAACAAGGAAGCCAUCCGGGUACAGUUUAAAGGUUUGUGUUGUAGAAGUGGAACAAAAGCUCAUAAUACAAAAUGACCAUGUUUUGAUAGGAUUGGAUGCCAGUAACAGAUAAGGUUAAGCAGAAAAUGCAUUGCUGCAAUGCAGUACCUUUGCCAAAAUUAAAUAUUCUUCAUAGAGAGAUAAUAAUAAUAAUAAAAAAUAAAUAAAAAUAUACAGAUGAAGUAUCUAAUCACAAUCUUACUGAUUAGAUUUGUUAAAGCAGACUGAUUGUUAUAAAAGGAGGGAAGAAGUGCUUGUAAUCAUUGUGUUCUUGUUAGCAAUGGUUACCUCCAAAUAAACAUGAGCAGCCAUCAUCGCUUUGCAUCAAAAUGGCCUCACAUACUGGGAAAUUGCUACAAAGAUUAUUGCACCUGAAAGAACCAUUUACCGGAUCAUCAAGAACUUCAAGGAGAGAGGUUGGACUGCAGUGAAGAAGUCUUCAGGGUGUCCCAGAGUGUCCAGCAAGUGCCAGGACCACCUCCUCUUGAGGAGUCAGCUACGUAAUCAUGUCAAGACUUUUGGACAAUGGCCUGGUGUCAAGAAGGGCAGCAAAGAAGCCACUACUCUCCAAGAAAAUCCCAAAGAGAACCUGUGGUCUAAAGAAAGUGGUCAUGUCAAUUAUAAAAUCAUACAUUUGGACACAAUAUGAUGUUUAAUUUAAGGGAAAAGUCACAUCCAAUUAGUAAGCUGUAAUCAUAUUUCUAUUUUAUCUUUAUUUUUUAUUUUAUAUUUGCCUGUCUCUUUACAGGCUAUUCGCCCACAUUGCACAGUGAAUGUAAUCCUAUUAGAAAAGAUUUAGAGGAUAAGAUGUCUGUCAACCCAUAGUGACACUGUUAAUAGCACAGCAUUUCCUACUAACAGUGAGUGAGCAUGAAGGGGAAAGGAUGAUAUACUUUCUUGCAACAUUCACAAUGACAAAAGGAUUUGCCUGUCUGGUAAAAGGAUGCUGGGUGGCAAUUUGAUAAAGAUUUUUGGCAAAUGUCAACCCAAUCAGCUUCCUCCAUCUCAUUUACAUCCCUUCUGGCCUGGAGAGAUCUAGUGACAGCAUUACACCAUGAGGAAAUAAGCUAUGCCAAUCUAAGGACCCAAACAGGUUUCAGGGUCUGAUGAGGAUUCACUCUCUAGUCCUGACUUCUUCUGGAGAACUUGAGUCUAUUGCAGAAUGGUAUCACUGCUGUACGCUUUUUUACUCUGGGCCGCAUGGGCUCAGUUUCCUGUUGUCAAAACCAAAGAGGCUGUUGAAGAGUCUAAAACCAUAGACAAAACAGACACUUCUCAGACUAACACACAUCGAGUUAGCAGCAGCUUAAUGCAGUGUGGUGAAUACAGCAAUGAAGUGAUGCCAAACGGACAAUGUCGUUUAAUAGCCACAUUGCCUCAGCUGGAGGAGCAGAGGUGUCCGGACAUGUUCCGCUGUACCGAUGAAGUCUCCUACUGGCUGCGUGAGAACGAAGAGCGCAAGCAGCAAAUGCAGGACCUGAAAGAGACCAUUUCAGAGCUUCAAGAAGAACUGAGGAAUCACAAGCAUCGCAUCAAAGUGCUGGAACUGCAGCGUGAGGAGAAAUAUGGAAUGAACUCGAACUCGUCUUUAGAGCAUCGUUUGCACACGCUGCAGGAGUUCUAUGAAGAGGCCAAUGCACUGCUGCACAUCCAAGGAUCACUCAUCUAUGACAUGCAAAGACAGAUUCGCAACCUCACUAUGAUAGUAGAGCGUGUGAGGCGCAAUCCUGGCUGUAUGAUCAAUAUCAUCCGCACAAGCCCGCUCCUCGGCGCUCAGGAUACCCUUCACCCAGAGGUUCAGCAUGUACGAAACUGUCCAAUUGACUGUGCAUCCCUGUUCUACAAUGGAGUCCAUAGGUCUGGGAUUUUUACUGUUGUCCCUUCAAUAGGAUCGACUCCUGUAGAAGUUUAUUGUGAUAUGGAGACCCAAGGAGGUGGAUGGACCAUGUUUCAGCGUCGACAGGAUGGAAAGGUCAAUUUCAACCGCAAAUGGACAGAAUAUAGGGAUGGCUUCGGAGAUCUGCGUGCAGAAUUCUGGCUAGGAAAUGACCAUAUCCACGGUAUCUCCAGCCAGGGAGAGUAUUCCCUCCGCAUUGACCUCGAGGACUGGAAUGGCAAGCACAAACACGCACUGUACCAGAACUUCUGGAUUGAGAACGAGGACAACCUCUAUCGUCUCCAUGUAUCGGGAUUCAGUGGUACGGUUGAGGACUCGUUUGGCUGGUACCAUGACAAGCAAAGCUUCAGCACUCCAGACACAGGUGACGUCUGUGCUGAGAUAUCUCACGGAGGCUGGUGGUACCAUCAGUGCUUCUUCGCCAACCUCAAUGGAGUGUAUUAUAAGGGGGGGCGUUACUCUGCCAAGGGGAUGAAUCUUCUGGGGCCUGAUGGGAUUGUGUGGUACUCUUGGAAGGACUCAGAUUACUACUCCUUGAAGAAGGUGAGCAUGAUGAUCCGCCCACGGACCUACAGGCCACGCCUCUCCCCAUAACAACACAGCUUUAGGACCGGUGUAAAACAAUACUGGAGUGACAUCAUCAGGUCAUUGUUGAUUCUCUGUGACUAAGCAAUUACGUAAACUGUGGUUAAAGGGAAAGUCUCAUCUGGACUCGUUUUGGUCAAACUUGUCUCAUAAUCUUGGUCUUUGACAUACUGAUGCAUUCUAUGAAUUGUAACUAAUAUAAUCAAAUUAUCAAACAGCAUGCAUUAUUAGGUUAUAAUGGAUUUUUUUUUUUACUUUAACAAAAACAAUUGUAUUUGUUUUGGAUAAUCAUUAUUAAAUAGAAAUAAUUCAUGAAUUGAUAUAAUUUUGAUACAUACUGUAUACUUUGUUUAAUCUUAAUUGAUGUUACUGUUACACUUCAUUGGUUAAAAAUACUCAGAGGUGUAUUUUUUUUUUAAGAUUAAGUUUUUAAAGAAGUCCUGUGACCCGUUGCAACAAAACCCUUAAAGGGGUAGUUUACCCCUAAGUAAAAUUUUCCAAACCAGUAUGAGUUUCUUUCUGCUGUUAAAUACAAAAAAGACACUUUGAAGAACAUGGGUAAUCAAGCAGUAGCCAUCGACUUCGAUAGUAUUUUCUGUACUAUAGGAAAUACAAGUCUUAAGGGGUUUGUUGCAGCCAGUCUCUGUAUUUCAUGAGAACAUUUGCUAUCCUAUUUGAUAUGGCACAUGCAAAUAUGUUUGCUGUUUAAGCCUCAGUGAUUUUGUGUAAUUUAGAGGCAACAGGUGCUCGAACAAUCCCCAAAUGUACAGCCUUUUAAUGCCUAAAUGUAUGUUUCACAACAUUGUUUACAUUUUGUAACUAUUUUGAGAAUUUAUAAAAAUGACUUAGUUUUUGACAAA